AUGGCCUGUGAGACGCCUGCAUCUACUGGUGGGGCACCUGCUAUGGGGCUGCCUCUGGGAACUGCAUCAGGUGCUGCGGGUGCCGAUGAGAACUACGACAAGGAUGAAGUUCUAAAUUGGAUUCUUGAUCUUAACGACCCCAAGAAGCGUGAAAUGGCUCUACUUGAGUUAAGCAAGAAGCGUGAAGUGGUUCCGGAUUUACCUUUGUGGCUAUGGUAUUCUUUUGGCUCAAUAGCAUCGCUACUUCAAGAGGUUGUUUCAAUUUACCCAGCUAUCAUGCCUCCAACCCUGACAGCUCAGCAGUCCAAUCGUGUUUGCAACGCCUUGGCUUUAAUGCAGUGCGUAGCUGCUCACAAAGAAACUAGAACUCCGUUCUUACAAGUUUUCCGUGUGAUUUCAGCUCAUAUACCUUUAUUCCUUUAUCCAUUUCUGCACACGACGAAAACGAGCCGUCCUUUCGAGUAUCUGCGGUUGACAUCUCUUGGUGUAAUUGGAGCUUUGGUGAAAACUGAUGAGCAGGAAGUGAUACAGUUCCUGCUUUCUACUGAAAUUAUUCCGUUGUGCCUUAGAAUCAUGGAGAAUGGGACAGAGUUGUCCAAGACAGUUGCAACAUUUAUUCUUCAGAAAAUUUUAUUGGAUGAGACUGGUUUGUCGUAUAUAUGUCAAACUUAUGAAAGAUUUUCUCAUGUUGCAAUGAUACUGGGCAAAAUGGUGCUACAGUUAGCGAAGGACCCUUCUCAACGCCUCCUGAAGCAUGUUGUGCGUUGUUAUAGUCGUCUGUCUGAUAAUCCAAGGGCUUUACAAGCUUUGCGUCAGUGCCUUCCAGACCAGCUUAAGGAUGAUACUUUUGCUAGAGUAUUAGAGGAAGAUAAGUCCACUCAGCACUGGCUGCGAGAACUUGGCAAAAAUAUAGCUAGUUAG